AUGAAGCAUAACCUCGACCCCGUCUCCACGGAGGAUAUGGAUGAUCAUGAAAGAGCCGCUUUCAAUGAGUUGAUCCGUCCCAGCGACAGUUACCUGCCCGAUGGAACCUACUGGGCUGAUCUGCCGGUCGGCGAGCGCGUUAAAUUCUGUGUCCAACAGGAUCGCAUCGAAACCCGCAAGGAGAUGGCCUGGCUCUGGGAUAUGUUCAAGACCGACCCCUUGGCCCCGAUUGCAUACUACUUCAAGAACAGUGUUCUGCCGGGUGCUGGUCUUGGUCUGGAAGGUUACGUGCUGUUCUCCAUCAGUAAUGUCACCCCCCUAUUCAAAGCCUCAUAUAAGGAAUGUUGGUCGACUGGCAAGGUUUGCAAUCCUAACUGGAUUGCCGCCGUCAACUACUUUGAAGUUGUCGGUAUUCUCAUCGGUCAGAUUAUCGUUGGUCUUCUUGGUGACUGGAUUGGCCGUCGAUGGGGUCUCAUCCAGGAUGCAGUCAUCAUGUUUGUGGGUCUCAUCAUGCUCACUGCUGCUUGGGGUAUGACCCUCAAUGGUUGGGUCAUCUGCUACGCCUGGUCUCUCUUCUUCUAUAGUAUCGGCGUCGGUGGUGAGUACCCGAUGACCGCUACUAUUGGAAUGGAGAACGGAAUUGGUUCCGGUAAGGUCAACAUGUCCCAAGAUCGCCUGCAUCGCGGCCGUUCCGUGGUCAGCGCGUUCUUGAUGCAAGGCUGGGGUCAGUUUGCCAAUCAGGCUAUUCUGAUUAUCCUCCUUCUCAUCUUUCACCAUGGAGAUGGUACUCCUCCUAUUUCUACCACCACCACGAACUGGACCUACCGUAUCUCCUUCUUCAUCCCCGCUAUCGGAACCCUCUGGUUGGUCUACUACCGUGCCUACCAUGUCAAAGCCGCAGCUGCUAGCAAGCAGCUCGAUGCCCAGAAGAAGAAGGCAUCUGUCACUGGGUACGAUACUCAGUCAUUGAAGUUGACCUUCAAGCAUUUCACUCCUCGCCUGGUUGCCACUGCCGGCUGUUGGUUUGCUAAUGAUGUCUUCUUCUACGGAAACAAGCUCUUCCAGAGCAAGUUUAUCGCUGUCAUAAGUCCUCAUUCAACGUCUCUUAUGACCAACUGGCUUUGGAAUUUGGUGAACAUUGCCGCUUCCCUAGCCGGGUACUACUGCGCUUCAUGGUUCGUGGAUAACAAGCUCUACGGUAGAAAGAUGAUGCAAAAUAUUGGCUUUAUGAUGUGUUUCAUUCUCUUCAUCAUCCCCGCCUUCCUGUUGAAGUAUUACGAAUCAGCUGCCCACAUUCAUUCGUUCCAGGCGAUGUACUUCCUCAGUUCCUUCUUCAAUCAAUUUGGCCCGAACUGCACGACCUUCCUUGUCGCGGCUGAGGUCUUCCCCACUCCAAUUCGCGGCACUGCCCAUGGUCUCUCUGCUGCUGCCGGAAAACUCGGUGCGCUGGUCAUCGCCGUUGUCGGAUCAUACACAACUACCCAGCAACAAUUCUAUAUUGUCCCCUGGUUCGGUCUAGCCGGUGUACUUCUCACCGAGCUCUUCCUGCCGGACACCACCGGCCUCGAUCUACGCGAGCAAGAACGUCGCUGGUUGCAUAUCCGCCAAGGUCGCGAGCAUGAGUACCAUGGCCCUGCUGUCCACCGCAAGCAUCUCUCUGUCUGGGAGCGCUGGAUGGGCAAGGGCAAGUACUACGAUGCUGACCUUGACUAUCAAAUGAAGGUCAAGGAGUUCCGGGCCGAGUGGGAAGCCGCUAUGGCUGUCCGUGGCGAGGAGAAAGACGCUCUCUUCGAUCUGGAUGAUGUUGAUGAGUCGAUUUUCCAGGGCUCUCUGCAUACAUACUUUGAGCGCACUAGCCCGAUGAUUCGGGCUAUGGAAAAGAGUGAGGUUGGGCCUACUGCCCUUCCUGUUGGUGCCCGGGAUGAUGAGGAUACUCAUGGGCGGGAGUGA